AUGGGGGCAGUGAUGUCGAGAUUCUGGUUCAUGUUAUUCCCUGCAAAGGAGUACAAGAUUGUUGUUGUUGGGUUGGAUAACGCGGGUAAAACUACAACCCUCUAUAAAUUGCAUCUUGGUGAGGUUGUUACUACCAACCCUACUGUUGGCAGUAAUGUCGAAGAGCUUGUUUACAAGAACAUACGAUUCGAGGUAUGGGAUCUUGGUGGACAAGAAAGACUCCGGACAUCAUGGGCAACGUAUUACCGAGGAACUAAUGCUGUAAUUGCAGUGAUAGACAGCAGUGAUAGAGCCAGAAUCUCUAUAAUGAAGGAUGAACUCUUUAGGUUGCUGAGUCAUGAAGAUUUGCAGCAUUCUGUCAUCCUUGUCUUUGCUAAUAAACAAGAUAUCAAAGAUGCUAUGACUCCAGCUGAGAUUACUGAUGCACUGUCUCUUCACAGCAUCAAGGAUCAUGAUUGGCAUAUACAAGCUUGCAGUGCCCUCUCAGGAGAUGGCCUUUAUGAUGGUCUAGGUUGGAUUGCUCAGCGAGUAACCGGCAAAGCAUGA